AUGCAGGGAUUAGAAGAUCUCAAGAGCUGGUGGAUUCUCCCCCGGUCCAUGCGGUUCAAGCCGCCAGCUCUACCCGGAGACGAGGUCGAUGGCAUCGGCCAGGCCAAGGGCAGCAUCUGCCCAGGCCAUUUUAUACCCGCCAAGAGCAAGGAGUGGAACAAGAUUCUCAAUCGCUCUGGUCCGCUCGAGUACCCCCCUGAGAUGCCUGUCGACCACGGCGAGCAAUGGGAUAUGUCAUGGAAGACCAGGGGUGCGCACGAACUAGGUCUAUCGGCAAAGGCAACGGCACCGGUAGCUACGGCGGCGGGCCUCAAUAUCAAUGCCGAUGCCGAAGGCGCCUUCACAAAGUCGGUGUCCAAUUACAUGAACUUCGACAAACUCGAUACCUAUAUGAUCCAGCCCUGGGACUCAUACAUUGAGGACAGUUUGAUCGACGCUGGCAUCGACCGCUAUAUUAAAGAUAACACGUCGUUCUUGGGCGCUUGGGAGGUGUAUAUGAUAUCGGGCAUUGUAGUUGCCCGAGGCGCCACCGUUGACAACGAGGCGACACAGAACCGGGCGGUUAAUGUGGGAGUUGGCGCGGGAGCAUCCGGACUAGCAGAGGGAGACUUGCAUUUCAAGCAUGCGGAGGAGCAGCAAACGUCUAUGCGGGUUGGGAAGAUGAGCGACUUUGUCUGGGCGAUUCAGAUCGCGCGUGUUCAUAAGGACGUAGGCCAUAGCCGCUGGACAUGGGAGACACUGUGGGAUAAGAAAGGGAAGGGCUCCACCUUUACAACGGAAGGCUGGCCCGAAGCACGGCAGCGCUUCGAGCGGGCCCGAUCCGAGUGCACCGACGACGGUUUGGCCAAGGCGGCCGUGUUUGGUCUUGAGACUGGAUGGAACCUCUUUAUUGUCCCCACUAGUGAUGAGACAGAGACGCCCUAA